AUGGAUGCGAGCAUUCUCACCUCAAAGGCAGCAACAACCAUGUCAACAAAUGCCGUCCCGGGCCAACAACGAAUCGCAAUACCAGCUACAGACAGCGACUCUAGGACCAUAGCGAGCACAAGGAGCCAGAGAGAGUCAUGGCAGCAGGCAGCUUAUUCACAACCGUUUAGCCAUGGCCACGUGAGAGGCCCAGCGGCGAGUCCCUCCAAGUCUCGAAUUGACACUCGACCACCACCACCCCCACCCAGUCGAGGGCACAAGAGGAGCGCAACGGGCGAGAUAAAAACGGCAGUAUAUGAGACUCAAAGCCGGGCACGACCUUCCAAUGGAAUUGACGGGCAUUCGAGAACGACAAGCCUGGACUCCACGGGGAACAAAAUUGCCGAGUUAUCUGCCCAACUCCGAGCUCGUUUAUCGUAUGCGGCCGCUAAGGUAGAACAGAGUCGGCAACUACGGCAGCAUGGAGAUAGCACACCGUCAAAGGGAAGCAUAUCCGGUGUGCAGAACACCAUACAACCGGUACCGGAAUCCCGUCAACUGCAUAAUGGGUCCUUGGGGAUGUCACACUCUCAAAUUUCAGACUCGACUAUAAAUGGGUCCAUAGGUCAGCCUGGCGCAAACACGGCAAGGCAGUCAUCAUCCUUGUCACAGACUCCUAAGCUUGCUCCGCCAGUCGAUAUUGUUACAGGGGAUAGGUUGAAGACCGCACGACGACGACCUAGCCCUAAUGAAGCGGAUGGUUUGGUUUCUCAUACUUCAACACCACGGCAUCGCCGAUAUCAUUCGGAGCAUGAAGGAAAGACUGGCCUUGAAUCCAAAUUGACCGGACCAGUUGAUGCAACUCCAUUGCGUCUCAAGAAAAAUGCACAAGCUCUGACUCCCCUGUUACCAAGUAACGGAUCGCCUGUAAAGCAAAGAACACCCUCUCAAAACGCUCUUAUGGAGAAGGAUGCUAUAGAAACGCUUCUGUUCAUGUCGAGUCCAGACAAUUCGGGUUACCAUUCCAGCACUCGAGCAAGAAAGUCCAGUAUGAGCGUCAGUAUUGAAGCGCAGAUGGCGGCCAGCACGCAGAACUCGUCACAAGCGAGCAAUACAUCUGCGGCCAGGCAAAUGCCAACAUUCAACUUUUUUGAUAACAACGCAAUUCGGACUGCGGUUCCUGUGCCCAUAAUCGGUCAUCAUUCCGUUGGCUUAGAGGCACAGGCAGGUGAUGAGAUUGAUCGACUGUUGGACCAAAUGGAAGUCGAUAAAGGCAGUGAGGCGGAAUCGCACGUAAUUCCUUAUGAUUUCGAUCUUGGCGUCGAUGACCAGUCUGGGUCCUACAACUUCGGGGGUGCCGACAGAUGA